GCAGAUACUUAAGCAGUCACCCGAGGACCUGCGGGGUUCUUGUUUUACACACUUCUGGUCCCUGCCAGCUCCAGAGUCUGGCCCCAUAGCCCUGCCCAAGGAGGAGAUGGCCACGGAGAAGCCAGUGACUCCCACUGAGGAGCAGCUGGAGAUCCUGGAGUACAACUUCUGCAAGGUGAACAAGCAUCCUGACCCCACCACGCUGUGCCUCAUCGCGGCCGAGACCGGGCUCUCUGAGGAGCAGACCCUGAAAUGGUUCAAGCAGCGCCUGGCAGAGUGGAGGAAGUCUGAAGGGCUGCCCUCAGAAAGUGGGUCUGUCAGGGACUAGAGGAUGCUGCUCCGAUCCCCAUGCCUGCUGUAAAUGAUGGUGAAGCUCUUCAGAGUGGGUUUCCUUGGGGUUCUUCUGUUGCAAUAUGUUUUAAGAUACAAAGUAAUACCCUGCUAUUUAACAUAAGUUUUAUUUAAAGUGUACAUAACCAGGAAAAAAUAUUUUAUAUAUAUAUGUGUAUACAGCUGCUGAUGGCUGCAUAACCUGUCUAGUGAUUGCCAUCCAUUAACAGCGGCUGCAAAGGGCAAGGCAACCUCAUCCCUUGUCCCAGGCUUGCAGAAAAGCUGCCAUGAAAGGUUCAAACAUAGA